GCUGGUGUUCAACGCGGCUCUUUUUCUAUUUUCAUCUCGGGGAAGAAAAAAAAUGAUGACAGGCAAAUUGAAAGGGUGAGCUGGGUUUUUGAAGAGAGGGGAGCGCUUUACAUGUUCAUUGAAGCAUAAGGGUAGAGGCUCAUCCAGGCGUGAUUCUGAAAGGGAUAGAGGCGAGUGGGUGCGGGAAAGCUUGCCAGCACCUCCCCGUAUAUACACACCGAGCUUCGCUAAUACUAUUGAAAUGAAUUAGCGCGGAAACGCACCGUUCGUGUUUUUCUGAUAUUCUCCAAAAGCCUUGAGAGACACAGGACUAAAGGCGAGAACAGUUUUCAUGCAAGCCAUACCCUCGUAGAGAAACUGGGAGAAAUAUGUUUCUAUAUUCAUAACCGGCUUGAUGCCUCACCAUCAGUUAUCUUCUUUAAUUCGUUUGAAUAACACGGAACAUCAACCGCCCGUUGAUUUGACUGCGUUCGCUAUCUCCCGUACGGUUCGCCCGCUCUCUGUACGGCCCUUCUUUCUUACAUGACUCCGUAUCAAAUUACACCCAGCGUGUAUUGCGAUUGGUAGAUAGUUUCGGACGGACCGGGAAAGCAAGAACGGUUAAUCAACACCUUUGAAUAUGCUGGAAAAACUUGUGAGUAGCAGCGCUUUGGCACUGCUUUCUUCUUCUAUCACCUCAGCGGUCCUCCUCUCCUCAACUUUCAUGCUUUUCGCCGCCUAUAUGCUCCGAAACCAGAGACCCACGGUGAAAGAGAGCGAGGGUAAAUCCGCGGGGGAUAUCGGGAAAUGGUCGCUGUUAACCCGGGGGCUUGCCCGGUGGAGGGAGCGGCUGCCGCCUGGUCCUCAGGCAUGGCCGCUUUUGGGCGAUUUACCAACAUUAGUGAAAAUGGGGAAGGAACAUGGGGCAGGGGCGCUGACAGAACUAGCCCGGACUUACGGGGGCAUUUAUAUGAUUAGAUUGGGUUGGCCAGGCCCCAGGAUGAUUGUGAUAAGUGAUGGAGAUUUACUCCGGGAAGCAUUGAUUAAACAAGCUAAUAUCUUCUCCGAUAGGAAAGUCAAUGGAUUAAUAUCAGUCUCGUUCCCCGUUGAAGGAAGUAUAGCGUGGCAGAAUGGCGAUCCCUGGAAGGAGCACCGGCGCUUCAUGAACCGAACCCUCCGCACCCUGGGCAUGGGACGCAGCCUAAUGGGCAAACGCAUCAACGAUGAGUGCCUCAACAUGUGUGACUACGUGGACAAGCUGGAGGGAAACCCCAUCAACCCCGAUCAAAUGAUGACCACCAUGACAUGCAACAUCAUGAAUGCCGUCGCGCUGGGGAAGCGUUACGACUUCAACGACCCGCGGUUCGUGAAGCUACGCCGGGACUGCAAGGAGAUCCUUGACAAUCUGUCCAAUACUUCAAUCUACAACAUGUUGCCUUUCCUUUACCAUACGCGCCUCUGUAAGAGAUAUAGAGAAGCUGUAGAGAAUGUGACGAUCUACGUCAAGAAUGAGGUCAUCGAACACGACAAGUCAUUCAACAAUAACUCUUUACGCGACGUCAUCGAUUACUACCUCAGAGAGGUCAAGAGAGGGUCAAGGGUCAACGAUGAGGAAGACGACGACGACGAGAAAGAUCAGGACCACACGUGCAGUUUCAUCAACGAUCAGUUUUGUUGGAGAGGGGUGUUGGAUCUGUUGAUCGCUGGUGUAGACACGACGUCCAACCAUACGAUGUGGACAAUGCUACACAUGGCCUACUACCCCGAGAUCCAAGAAAAGGCUCAAGCACAAAUCGACCAGGUUGUCGGUCGUGAUCGUUUACCGACCCUCGAUGACCAACCACGUCUCCCGUUGGUUACGGCCAUCGCUCGUGAAGUUCUUCGUACGAGUAUAGGGACGACCACCGUACCACAUCAUACAACCCAAGACACGUAUCUCAAGGAGUUCUUCAUCCCGAAGGGUACACAGGUUCUGGGGAAUCUGUGGAGUUUAAAUCAUGACCCGGAAGUUUUUGAAGAUCCCUAUGUAUUCCGCCCAUCAAGGUUCUUAGCAGAAGACGGCAGCUUACAAGGUCUUUCUGACGUCAAGUCGUUCGGCAUAGGUCCCCGGAAGUGCCCUGGUGAACCCAUGGCCCAGCAGGAGUGUUUCCUGAUCAUGGCCAUCCUGCUACAUCGGUACAACCUCGUCUUUCCCGAAGGUGACCCGAUCCCCGACAUCCGAGGCCGAGUCAAAGGCAUGAUGCUCCUCCCUGACAAAUACAGGCUCAGGUUCAUACGCCGAUAGUCAACGAAACAUUCCGAAACAUUCCGAGUACAGUGAAUCGCACGCCGAAUGAAUCGAAGGAAAAAAUGAGCAUUCGAAGUAUGUAUGCUGAUGUUUCUCCGGCGCAACGCACUCAGUCUACAAGCUAAUAUAGUGAAUAUUGUUUCCGAAUAUGAAGAAGGUUAUAGAGGUGCCUUUCGUGAGGAUUAGAACCCGGAUGUAAGUCAUUUUGUGAGAUUUCAAAAGUUCUCGACUCGAGAUUCGAGAGUGGCCGAGUGUUUCUGAAUGUUUCCGAAUGUUUUCCGAGUGUUUCCGAAUGGGUUGGGAUUGACGAAGUUGACGAUGGUCGUAUCGUGAUUUACACAAUUGAAAAUGUAAUCACUAAUCAAACUGGUCGCCUUUACGAAGUUGAAAAAGACUUCGUUUUUUAAGAGAGAGAGAGAGAGAGAGAGAGAGAGAGGAAAGACGUUCGUUCACAACAGAAUACCUAUCAACACUGGCAUAUAGCCCGCAGACAGGAUUCAUACUACAUAAUUAUGCGAUAGGUCGAGGGUUCGCGGGCCUUCCUUAUAUAUUCUGACUUCUUCAUCCGGGAAGGGGUCGCCCCCUUAUCUCUUAUUUCUUGAUAGGCUAUGUUAACCCCUUUUUAACUAUAUGGCUACUAAACAAGUUCACUAUUAACGCUUUUAGCUACUCCUUAAAAAAAA